AUGAGAGGGUCUUCCUCUUGGGCUGCGCUACAUCAGUCAAGGCGACAACUUUGCGCCCGUCGCCUUCUUCCGCAAUCAGCGAUUCGCUAUCACCAUGACUUGUCCACCACCGUCAGCGAGGACGCGAAUGCCAGACCUUCGCCUUCCGAAUUGCUUCGGUUCUCUGUAACUGGCGCAAUUGAACCAAGAUACGAGCCACAACCAAACCUGUACUUACAGGAGAGUCUUCGUGGCCUGUUCGACCAAGAAUGGUAUGCCGGCAUUCCUCCUGGGCCUUUAUGGAAUUCCCUCAGAGGACUACCACUACCCCCGCAAAAGAACCAAAGGUUCAUCUUGAACAACACUUCUCGCCUUUCCACGCUAAGGAGCAUUGUUGAAAGAUAUGUGAAUGAUAGGCAAGGAGCUCAAUUCCUGCAGAGCGAGGACUGCCGUCUUCUUUCUCAUGCUCUCCGACGUUGUGCGCGCCAUUACUCGGAGGCCGAUAUCGUGUUGGUAUUACGUGACACUAUUGCAAGGCUUCAAAGGAUUGAGGCGCCUGUUUUGCCUCAACUCUACGCGUUGGGGAUGCGUUAUGCAAUGCUUUCCCUGGAUGCUUCAGCCCUCGCACACUUUGUGAAGGACUUCAGUCGUCAGGGACAUCGAAAAUUAAGUGACAAAAUGAGCACCAUGGUAGCCGAACCCGGCUCCAAAGUCCUCUCUGCUGCCUAUCUUGAAGAUUCACGCUACGAUUCAAGUCCUAUGCUUGCCAUGAUCACGGGAGAAGGAGAAGCUGGGUCGCAGAACCAACCCAGACUCCACGAUUUCAUGGAAUGGAAUGUCUGUUAUAUUCAGAUACUCGCGAGAUUAGGGAGUCGGGCACCGCUACAGGACGCAUGGAACUACUUAAUGGACCAUGGACCUGGAAAAGCCCCAAGUGAUCAAAUUCGCGAUUUCUGGUUCUCCUGCUAUUCCGUCGUUUCUAACUUGAUUUAUGCUGGACGUUCCAGAACGGCUCUGGACUUUCUUGAGGACAUAGCUCAACGCAACAGUAACAAGCUGCCUUUUAUCCGCAGAUUCAACUCACUGCGGAUUCUGCUCGAUGACCCGAUUGUGGGCGAAGGGUUACCCCUUCUGAUCACGGAAUCUGAGUACAUUCGGAUAUUGGAGAAAGAGGUCUCCAACAUGGAGCAUAGGAUGGGCAUUGAGUGGGAUGGCGAGCGUCAGACACAUACUGCCCCCAGCUUCACCGAGUCUACGAGACCGCCGCCAUUUGGCGACGAACCACUCAUCACGAUCGAUGGCGACUGUCAGGGAUACGACAAUCACAGACGUUUGUUUCAUGAACUCGAAGCGUCUAUGUUUUCCAAAUCCCCAGAACCCUGGGGUAGAGCUGCGGACAUACUAAACGAUUGCGACGAGCACCCUUGCCACUUCGCCGACCCCACUGUCAAGAAUGCCCCUUGGCGGGUUCGUUUCUUACCGCAACACUCGCCAAUCGAGUUUUCGGAUUCCCGGCUUCCCGUCUCACACGACUCGUCUAGACCCUGGACUCCGUCUACUUUGGGGUUAAUGCGCGCUCACCGGAUUCUGAAUGGUGUCCCUCAGACGGGACAUCACUGUUUACAUCUGAUGCAACUGGGGACAAUGGAGGUUCAGCAUUUUGAAAACAGCCCAUGGGAGCGUACCGGAUAUAUCGUGACCUGGGAUCGCAUAAACGGCAAUUUUCUCGCUCUGAAUGUCGGGCAGAGCACGGGAGUGAUUGAUCCCGGACCGGCAACGAAAUCCGGUCCGUUUGGAUCGGUCAUGCCUCUCAUGUUCGAGGACAGGCCGUACAAGGGAAGACUGCAAGUCGGAUGGUUUACAUCUGAUCUUUACCUGGACAUAGAUCCAAGCCCCGAUCUUGGCUUUUGA